AUGAAGGCGUCGGGCAAUGUGGCCAAAAUACCCCAAGAUCCUUUGACAGCAGAUUGUGGACAAUCUGUGGCCAAAAUAUCCCAAGAUCCGUUGAUAGCAGAUUGUGGACAAUCUAUGGCCAAAAUAUCCCAAGAUCUUUUGAUGGCAGAUUGUGGACAAUCUAUGGCCAAAACACCCCAAGAUCCUUUGAUAGCAAAUUGUGGACAAUCUAUGGGCAAAAUACCCCUAGAUCCUUUGAUAGCAGAUUGUGGACAAUCUGUGGCCAAAACACCCCAAGAUCCUUUGAUUGCAGAUUGUGGACAAUAUAGUGCCAAUGCGAUAGCAGAUUAUUGUGGACAAUCUGUGGCCAAAAUAUCCCAAGAUCCGUUGAUAGCAGAUUGUGGACAAUCUAUGGCCAAAAUAUCCCAAGAUCUUUUGAUGGCAGAUUGUGGACAAUCUAUGGCCAAAACACCCCAAGAUCCUUUGAUAGCAAAUUGUGGACAAUCUAUGGGCAAAAUACCCCUAGAUCCUUUGAUAGCAGAUUGUGGACAAUCUGUGGCCAAAACACCCCAAGAUCCUUUGAUUGCAGAUUGUGGACAAUAUAGUGCCAAUGCGAUAGCAGAUUAUUGUGGACAAUCUGUGGCCAAAAUAUCCCAAGAUCCGUUGAUAGCAGAUUGUGGACAAUCUAUGGCCAAAAUAUCCCAAGAUCUUUUGAUGGCAGAUUGUGGACAAUCUAUGGCCAAAACACCCCAAGAUCCUUUGAUAGCAAAUUGUGGACAAUCUAUGGGCAAAAUACCCCUAGAUCCUUUGAUAGCAGAUUGUGGACAAUCUGUGGCCAAAACACCCCAAGAUCCUUUGAUUGCAGAUUGUGGACAAUAUAGUGCCAAUGCGAUAGCAGAUUAUUGUGGACAAUCUGUGGCCAAAAUAUCCCAAGAUCCGUUGAUAGCAGAUUGUGGACAAUCUAUGGCCAAAAUAUCCCAAGAUCUUUUGAUGGCAGAUUGUGGACAAUCUAUGGCCAAAACACCCCAAGAUCCUUUGAUAGCAAAUUGUGGACAAUCUAUGGGCAAAAUACCCCUAGAUCCUUUGAUAGCAGAUUGUGGACAAUCUGUGGCCAAAACACCCCAAGAUCCUUUGAUUGCAGAUUGUGGACAAUAUAGUGCCAAUGCGAUAGCAGAUUAUUGUGGACAAUCUGUGGCCAAAAUAUCCCAAGAUCCGUUGAUAGCAGAUUGUGGACAAUCUAUGGCCAAAAUAUCCCAAGAUCUUUUGAUGGCAGAUUGUGGACAAUCUAUGGCCAAAACACCCCAAGAUCCUUUGAUAGCAAAUUGUGGACAAUCUAUGGGCAAAAUACCCCUAGAUCCUUUGAUAGCAGAUUGUGGACAAUCUGUGGCCAAAACACCCCAAGAUCCUUUGAUUGCAGAUUGUGGACAAUAUAGUGCCAAUGCGAUAGCAGAUUAUUGUGGACAAUCUGUGGCCAAAAUAUCCCAAGAUCCGUUGAUAGCAGAUUGUGGACAAUCUAUGGCCAAAAUAUCCCAAGAUCUUUUGAUGGCAGAUUGUGGACAAUCUAUGGCCAAAACACCCCAAGAUCCUUUGAUAGCAAAUUAUGGACAAUCUAUGGGCAAAAUACCCCUAGAUCCUUUGAUAGCAGAUUGUGGACAAUCUGUGGCCAAAACACCCCAAGAUCCUUUGAUUGCAGAUUGUGGACAAUAUAGUGCCGAUGCGAUAGCAGAUUAUUGUGGACAAUCUGUGGCCAAAAUAUCCCAAGAUCCGUUGAUAGCAGAUUGUGGACAAUCUAUGGCCAAAAUAUCCCAAGAUCUUUUGAUGGCAGAUUGUGGACAAUCUAUGGCCAAAACACCCCAAGAUCCUUUGAUAGCAAAUUGUGGACAAUCUAUGGGCAAAAUACCCCUAGAUCCUUUGAUAGCAGAUUGUGGACAAUCUGUGGCCAAAACACCCCAAGAUCCUUUGAUUGCAGAUUGUGGACAAUAUAGUGCCAAUGCGAUAGCAGAUUAUUGUGGACAAUCUGUGGCCAAAAUAUCCCAAGAUCCGUUGAUAGCAGAUUGUGGACAAUCUAUGGCCAAAAUAUCCCAAGAUCUUUUGAUGGCAGAUUGUGGACAAUCUAUGGCCAAAACACCCCAAGAUCCUUUGAUAGCAAAUUGUGGACAAUCUAUGGGCAAAAUACCCCUAGAUCCUUUGAUAGCAGAUUGUGGACAAUCUGUGGCCAAAACACCCCAAGAUCCUUUGAUUGCAGAUUGUGGACAAUAUAGUGCCAAUGCGAUAGCAGAUUAUUGUGGACAAUCUGUGGCCAAAAUAUCCCAAGAUCCGUUGAUAGCAGAUUGUGGACAAUCUAUGGCCAAAAUAUCCCAAGAUCUUUUGAUGGCAGAUUGUGGACAAUCUAUGGCCAAAACACCCCAAGAUCCUUUGAUAGCAAAUUGUGGACAAUCUAUGGGCAAAAUACCCCUAGAUCCUUUGAUAGCAGAUUGUGGACAAUCUGUGGCCAAAACACCCCAAGAUCCUUUGAUUGCAGAUUGUGGACAAUAUAGUGCCAAUGCGAUAGCAGAUUAUUGUGGACAAUCUGUGGCCAAAAUAUCCCAAGAUCCGUUGAUAGCAGAUUGUGGACAAUCUAUGGCCAAAAUAUCCCAAGAUCUUUUGAUGGCAGAUUGUGGACAAUCUAUGGCCAAAACACCCCAAGAUCCUUUGAUAGCAAAUUGUGGACAAUCUAUGGGCAAAAUACCCCUAGAUCCUUUGAUAGCAGAUUGUGGACAAUCUGUGGCCAAAACACCCCAAGAUCCUUUGAUUGCAGAUUGUGGACAAUAUAGUGCCAAUGCGAUAGCAGAUUGUAAUGUAUAG